AUGCAAUUUAUUCUCGAAACAAUUCCAGUUGAGAUCACAAAAGCAGUAGAAAAUGCAUCAGACAUAAAUACAAUUUCAAUGGCAGGUGUUUAUCGAAUUUUCGCAGGUCUUGUCAAGUUUUCCGACGUAAAAUCAAAACUACAUGAAACAGAUAUUGCAGAAAAACUAUAUUUGUCUCGAUAUCCUUCAAAUAGUUACGUUCUUCAGAUGUAUUGGGAUUCCCUGAUACUUUUUAUGGAAGAAAAGAUAUACGACAAGUUUGUACCACUCAUAGAAAAGGCAAUUACCUCUAUAGCUUCUGCAAAUAAGACGUUUUUUCAAUAUCAUUCCUCAUGUUUUAGAUUUUUAACAUUAAUGUGCCAAUGCCAAAGCGCUUUUGAUAAAUACAAAGAAAUUUCUGAUAUUAUUAUCAAAGUUUACAAAGAAUUUCCAAAUCAUACAAUUGCUUUACAUUCUGCCGAGAAACUUGCCGUCAAACUGACACUUAUACCUAUUAUAGGACCUGCUGAAAUCAUGAAUAUCCUCCCUGUACUUGUAGAAAAUAUUAAAAACCGAAAAUCAGUUAUUAUUUAUGCUUGGUCGUACAAAAUGAUCACAGAUCUCAAACCUGUAUCACCAGAAAUGACCCAAUUAAUCACAAAUUCGCUUGACCCAGCUGUCCAAGAAAUAAUUGAAAAAGAGACCGAAAUAAUCAACACUCAGUACGGAGGAGACGUUCCUCCUCAGGCUUCUGAGCCACUUUAUGAUUAUUCAGCUUCAGAAAGACUUUCCCUUAUCAACUUUUUGAUCCGGAAUGCAACCAAUAUAUUUAGGUUUUAA